AUGAGAUCGGCGCCAAGACCCCAGCCAUCGAGGAGCGAUCCCUGGGAUCUGGCAAGAGGCCAGCGGGGCGCGGGAGUAAGGCGUCAGGAGGAUGCAGAUGAGACGGACUCGCUGAUGUCAGCAAACGAGGCUGACAGCGAGGAGUCCGCGGAGGAGUAUCCAAAGGACGCGAGAGCACGUCACUCGCCGGGCAGCAUGCCUAAGGCAGGCGAGAGGCGUCACGGAGAAAAACGCGAAGAGCGAGGAAAGGCGACGGGAUCAGAUCCCUCGACAGACGAAGUGCGUGAGCGUGGCGAGAGGCGACGCGGGGGCGUGGAGGCAGAUCGAGCACCAGAGGAGGUGCGCGGGAGUGGCGCGGGGCGCCAGGGGAGUCGCGCGGAUGCAGAUCGAGCACCAGAGGAGGUGCGCGGGAGUGGCGCGGGGCGCCAGGGGAGUCGCGCGGAUGCAGAUCGAGCACCAGAGGAGGUGCGCGAGAGUGGCGCGGGACGCCAGGGGAGUCGUGCGGAUGCAGAUCGAGCACCAGAGGAGGUGCGCGGGAGUGGCGCGGGGCGCCAGGGGAGUCGCGCGGAUGCAGAUCGAGCACCAAAGGAGGUGCGCGGGAGGGAAGCGAGGCGCAGCAGGAGCAAAGCAGCUGAGCCAUUGUCAAAGGAACGAGGGGAGGAGGAGAAGAGCCGUGCAGCGCCAGCAGGGGUGUACCGUUCGCCCGAGCCAGGACAAGGCCGUGCGGGCAGGAGGCGUAUGGCGAUGGGAGGAAGGAGAUCGCCGGAAUGGUCGGAAGAGGAGGAGGACGAGGACUACGAUGGAAAGCGCGUUCAGCACUCGCCAGCAAGGAGGCGGCGGCCGGGGGGGAAGGCGCGAGGCAGGGGUAGCGAGCGUUCGUCACCCAGGGCCUCAGGGGAACAGGUGGAAGCGCGCCGUGAGAAAGAAGAAAACCUGCGAGCAGAGAGGAGAGCUGCAAAGGAUACGAGCGGGGAAACUAGGAGGUGGUCCGAGAGAGAGAGCCGUGAGAGGAGGGGAGAAGGAGAGCGAUACCAGCGGGGUGGAGAGACGGGAAGAGAAGAAGAAACGGGAAAAUGA